GCAGAUUAGCUUGCAGCAUGAGCCAGAACGAGUCCACGAACAACCCCGCGGAUGAUGCUGAACGUAUUCGUAUGAAGAGGCUCGCAAAGCUCCAGGCUUCUACGACCCAGAGCAGCAGCCCCAGCCCUUCUCCUAACCCCUCGACUUCUAGCAUAUUACCCAAGUCGAAACCAAAGCCCAUUCCUGCACCAACACCAAAGAGGGCUCCAGAGGCUCCCGUCACGUCUUCACUUGUGCCGCCAAAGAAGAAAGCGGUGUCUACGCCUGCGAGAUUCGACUACACGGCCUGGGAGAAUGAAACAAUCACGACUGUGUUCAAGGCUACACUCGAUCGCGAUCUGGCCAUACGGAGUGACUAUGAUAUCGUGUGGCUCAAGAAUUACGACGAUGAAGAUCAGUCCAUGAAUGUCGAUGGUGUUGAUCCUCCAGCAAUGCACGCCGACAAACUGGAUAACAUUCUCAUUGCUCGGCUUGACAUAUACCCAGGAUCACCUGAGUUUGACAAUGAAUUCCGACCCUUCAUUUCGCGGAUACCGAAAGAUCACACUGUGUUUGAAUACUUGGUCGGAUGCUGGAAACGGCUAAAUGCCGCUAAGUCUACGCUGGUCAAGAGGGGAUAUUCUCCAGUGGAUGUUCAGAGAGCGUUUGAAUUGGAAGCGAAAAUGCGGCAUUUGAUCAUCAGCUACAUAGGCAUACAUCUCAUGAACCCCGAGGCCUUUCAUUGUCCAGAAGGGAAACCAGCUGGUCAUCUAGAGUUUGUCGCCAUACUUUUAUCUCUUUCUUCUUUCUCGACGCCUUUGUAUGGAGGAACAGUCGAAUCACCAUACAGCAUCACUCCGUCCGAAAUCGAGGUCUUCCUGCAAGACUUGGUGAACCGCUUCGAAUCUGAAGGAGACCUGGAACUUGUUUUAGGUCCCGUAGUCAGGGAUCUCGCAUGUCAUGACUCCCUUUCCAAAUCGGAAGGCCUUGCUAGCAGCGACUCACAAUGGCGCGGCGUCAUAGCCGGAUUAGAAGCGUUGGUGUCCAACAAGCAUAUCAUACACAUGAUCAUCAGGAUGCCAGAAUGGGACCCCAAGGAGGCCACCCCUACUGAUAUGGAGGAUAUCAGCUUGAUGGGGCCUUUGUUGAGCUUGAACGUAUUUCCACGGGAUUGGCCGUCCAUCCUCAAGACAUAUUUCUCCGGGAUGGACUCUCGGCCUGCCGUCGAUGUCGAAUCUGCUCGGAAUAGUCUGCGAGGCACCUUGAAGAGCUUACAAUCAUCUCUUUUCAAGAUCUUCAACACCAUCGUUAGAACAUCUGCGGAAUGCCGAGAAGCUUUCUUAUCUUAUAUAUCUCAUGUUGUAUCCUUAAACGUAAAACGGGCUGGGAUGCAGGUCGACCCAAACACUGUCGCCUCCGAUAGCUUCAUGAUGAACUUGCAGAUUAUUUUGUUGCAUUUCGUGGAACCUUUCAUGGAUGCAAAUUUCACGAAAAUGGAUCGCAUCAACCCUCUGUAUCUUGCGCAUUCUACACGCAUUAACGUGAAAGAGGAAACCCGCAUCAAUGCUACUAGCGAAGAGGCAUCGCAGUGGGAGAAUGCAAAUCAACUCUCUAACAGUGCCCCGCCUCCGAAUUUCAUUUCUGAGAUCUUUUAUUUGACUCUCGCAAUGAACCACUACGGCUUCCAGAAGACGAUACAAACCUUUGAUGAUUACCACAAGCAAAUUGACGAGCAACAACGGCAUCUUAACUCUAUCAUUGGUGAUCGAUCUUGGGAAGGAACUGCUUUCCAGGCGCGGAUGGAGGCAGCUAUCAAGCAAGUAAAGGAUAAUAUUGCACAGCUAAAUGGAAUGGCAGCGGCUGCAUCUACGCAAUUACUUGACCCUGAAGUGCUGUUUCGGGCAAAUAGUUUCAACUCCUUUGUCGCAACCUGGCUGGUGAGGUUCGUUGAUCCCAGGAAGAAGCACCCCAAACCUGUUGUAGACCUGCCCUUGCCUACAUCGGUCCCAUUGGAUUUCAGGGUCCUCCCCGAGUAUAUCAUUGAAGAUUGUGUUGAGUAUUAUGUCUUUGUCGUUCGUCAUAACGCCCCCAGCUUAGAGUUAGUAGGAAGAGAAGAGCUCCUAGUAUUUAGUCUCACGUUCUUGAUGUCGACCUGGUAUAUCAAGAACCCGUUCUUGAAGUCGAAGAUUAUCGAAAUCUUGUUCUUCGGUUGUUUAAAAUAUUACCGAAACGAGCAGGCUAGCCUUCUCGGCGGGACACUCAACACCCAUCCAUUAGCUGUGAAGUAUCUCAUGCCAGCUUUGAUGCAUUUUUACAUUGAGGUUGAACAAACUGGCGCAAGCUCUCAAUUUUAUGAUAAAUUCAACGCCCGUCGGAACAUAGCCCAUCUGUUCAAGGCCGUUUGGGACAAUCCUGCACAUAGGACGGCCCUCAAAGAAGAGGCAAAGAAUGUCGACAAAUUUGUCCGCUUUGCCAAUCUUAUGAUCAACGACGUGACAUAUCUCAUGGACGAAUCCCUGAGCGAUCUGGCACAGAUAUACAGCAUUCAAGUAGAGAUGAAAAACACCACGGAAUGGGCGGCCAAGCCUGUACAAUAUCGCCGGGAGCGUGAAGGUCAUCUUCGAAGUCUGGAACGCCAGGCCACUGGGUAUACGCAGUUGGGCAAGUCCACCGUGGAUCUUUUGAAGUUGUUCACAGCAGAGACGAAGGAACCCUUCAUGAUGCCGGAGAUCAUUGACCGCCUCGCUGCGAUGCUCGAUUAUAAUCUUGAUACUCUCGUGGGACCGAAGUCUCGUGAGCUGGGUGUUGAGGACAAGGAAAAAUACUCCUUUGACCCUCGACAGCUGCUGAGCGACGUUGUGCAAGUAUUUUUGAACCUAAGCGAGCAGGAUGAUUUCGUUCAGGCUGUGGCUGGGGAUGGUCGCAGUUAUAGGAAGGAACUGUUCGAGAAGGCGGCUUCGACUUGUCUCAAGCACUCUCUCAAGAGCCCGACGGACAUCGAGCGAUUGCGGAAAUUUGUCGUCAAGGUCGAAGAGGCCAAGAUUUUGAUAGAUGCAGAGGAUGAACUUGGAGAGAUUCCUGACGAAUUCCUGGACCCCUUGAUGUUCACAGUGAUGAGGGACCCCGUCAUCCUUCCUACCUCCCGAGCCAUCAUCGACAGAUCCACCAUCAAGUCCCAUUUAUUAUCGGACUCAAAGGAUCCUUUCAAUCGGGCGCCGUUGAAGAUCGAGGAUGUGAUACCUAAUCCUGAAUUGAAGGAGCGAAUUCAGUCCUAUUUAACAGAGAGAAGGAAUAAGAACGCUACUUUCGACAAAACAGAAGAAGACGAUGUGAAGAUGAGCAUAGAUUAGAGGCCUCUGGUGUGCUUGUGUGUAAUAUUACAUUGUAACGGACAUCUGGACUAUCGUAUGUGUUUGUGCC